UGUGACCAUCCAAAGUAAAAUCCUUUGAACCUUAACUAAUGAGUCACUUUCUGUAGCUUUAGGGUUUCAUUGAAAAAGAACGACUGGAUUUUGUUUUAUUUUCUCGUCCGUUCAAGCCAUCGCUACAUCCUCGAAGGGGUUAGGCGGAGGGCUCGUGUGUCGCACCUACAAUUCCAAGAUUUGUCCGUUAUAGCCUUGCAGUUUUUAUAAACAGAAGAUAAUCUUGGGAUUUGAUUUAGUUCUGCCUUCUAAUCCUCGAGGUUUCCUGUAUUAACAUACCGAAGGCAGCAGUGAAAUUAUUGUUUUAGCAAAUUUAUAGUAGAGAUAGAUGUAUUGAGAAUUAUGAGAUAUUCUUUUAUGCCCAGUGGUGGCAUUCUUCUUCCCCAUAGUAAAGAGUUUCAAGCAAGACUGUUUGAUUUAGGAGGAUAAAAUGUCUUCCGGUUAUUUAACGAGACUGAGAACUGUGGUCCAACAUGGGGUUCAGAGAUCAAUAAUUGGCCAGGAAGGUGGUCUAUGUUCUGAGGUUUUGAUUGGGCAGGGGAAGUUUCAGUUGUGUAAUUAUAGGUUGUUUCAUUCAUUUCGAUUUUCAUCACUUGCAGACCUAUAUGUACUUCUCCAACCCGGCACAAUUUUUGCUGCAAGAUCUGAUUUGCUGUUAGCAAACCGUAAAAGGAAUCUCUCUGUUGUUGGAGCAAUUUCUCGCUCAUUUUCUGUUCCAUCUGUAUCAGGCCCUUCAUUUCAGGUUUGUGGAUAUCACAUUGAUCUGGCACUUUCUGACCCUGAUCAUUUGUCUGUCAGUAGUAACUGUCGAAACAAUUCAAUGGCUUCUUCUGCUUCCAAAGCAAUAUCUGGUGAACUUCUUGUAGAUUUUUUAACUUCAAAAUGUAAGCACCUGCCAUUGUCACCUAAUAAUGCUGGCAUAUCUUAUAGCAUUAAGAGUGUUGACAGUUACCGAAGGGCUAGCAUGAGUUUGAAAAAGAAUGAGCAGUCAAACAAUAAUUCAAUUCAUGGAUAUUUCCUGUACAAUGUUGCCAAACAAUGGUGCCACUUUUGUCCAAACAUAGAGGCAGGACUAAGAGGCUUCCAUAGCUCAUCAGCUACAUGCUCCUCAGCUGGGAUAGCUCCAAACGUUUCCUUUGAUAAUUCUUCCCGUGUGGAACAGCUAGCAAGUUCUUCUGCAUCUUCAGAACAGAAGAUUUCAGCUGGAAAAUCCAUGAAGCUACUUUCUGGAUCAUGCUGCCUGCCUCAUCCUGAUAAAGAAGAAACUGGUGGGGAAGAUGCUCACUUUAUUUCUGAUGAACAAGCAGUGGGUGUAGCAGAUGGGGUGGGUGGCUGGGCCAGUCAUGGUGUUGAUGCAGGACAGUAUUCCCGGGAACUCAUGUUACAUUCUGUUUCUGCAAUUCAAGAGGAGCCUAAUGGUUCAAUUGACCCAGCUAGAGUCUUGGAGAAAGCACAUUCUAGCACAAAAGCAAAAGGGUCCUCAACAGCAUGCAUCAUAGCACUCACGGACCAGGGUCUUCGUGCUAUCAAUUUAGGAGACAGUGGAUUUAUGGUGGUUCGAGAUGGAUGCACUGUCUUCCGAUCUCCUGCACAGCAGCAUGAUUUCAACUUCACCUAUCAACUCGAGUGUGGAAGUAAUGGUGAUUUACCUAGCUCUGGUCAGGUUUUUACAAUUCCUGUUGCUCCUGGAGAUGUUAUAAUUGCUGGGACGGAUGGACUGUUUGAUAACUUGUACAACAAUGAGAUUACUGCAGUGGUAGUUCAUGCUGUGAGAGCCGGGUUAGGGCCUCAGGUGACAGCUCAAAAGAUAGCAGCCUUGGCUCGGCAACGAGCUCAGGAUAAAGACAGACAGACACCUUUUUCCACUGCUGCUCAAGAUGCUGGGUUUCGCUAUUAUGGUGGGAAGCUGGAUGAUAUCACUGUUGUUGUCUCAUACAUUACCAGUUCCAACGACGAAAACGGAUCUUCCUCUUAAGCAUGUGAUAAGGACAUGACGAACCUUAUUAACAGGUUUGUUGAUUAGACAGCCAUACCAUUUUCUUGGAAAGCUCAAUUGUUUUGUAGUUGUUAACGUUGUUUGGACAUCUGAGUUCCCCAUCUUCUUGAUUCAUUGGAGCCGCCUCUUUUUGUUAAUAUGUUGAUUUAGGUGAUAUAUAACUGCGAGGUCGGUGAUCUGGGUGAUUUUCAGGAUCAAACCUUUUGUAAAUAGUUUAAUUUUAGUGUAUAAUUUGCUUUACAUGUUUCGAAAUUUUGAAGCGGGGAAGGAUAUAGCCCAGAUUACGGACAGGUGUUUCUGAAGAAAAUAAUGAAAUUAUACUGUUUUAUUUGA